AUGGAGACCACGAUGGUCCAACACGUCACCGACUUCGCAUCGGGCCCGCCCCCCGAAUCGCAGCUCCUCAAGUUCUCCUGCCUUAAUCGAACCCCGGCGCCCACGAGCCGGUCCAUCUUCGACAACAAUGCGGCGGCUCCACGUACGUUACAAGACGGCGCGGCGAAGCCCGUCAAUCUCAGCAAGCAUCUCCACUUGGGCAUGUUCGAGAUUGGGAGACCGCUCGGCAAGGGCAAGUUCGGACGCGUGUACCUAGUUCGCCACAGGCCAUCGGGCUACAUUUGUGCGCUCAAGGUCCUCAACAAGAACGAGAUAUGCCACGACGGCGCCGAGGUCCACGUACGACGAGAGAUCGAGGUCCACAGCAACCUAAAGCACCCCGGGAUCAUCUCCUUCUACGGCUGGUUCCACGACCGAAGGCGGAUCUUCCUACUAAUCGAGUACGCAUCGGGCGGCGAGCUGUACAAGACCUUGAGGAAGGAAGGCCGCUUCUCGGAGAGGCGGGCGGCGAAGUACGCGGCGCAGGUCGCCGAGUCUCUACGGUAUCUCCACUCGAAGAACGUUAUGCACCGAGAUCUCAAGCCGGAGAACAUCUUGAUCGGAAUGCACGGCGAGAUGAAGCUGGCGGAUUUCGGAUACAGCGUGCACGCACCGAGUAAUAGGCGGGAAACGCUCUGCGGUACCCUCGACUAUCUGCCUCCCGAGAUGCUGCGGCCGGGGAGACCAACAUACAAUAGGGCAGUUGACCAGUGGACACUGGGGGUGUUGACGUAUGAGUUCUUGACGGGAGAGGCGCCAUUUGAGGAUUCUCCGAUCAUGACCAAGAGACGCAUCGUUAAGGGCGAUAUGAAGCCUCUGCCUUCGACCAUAUCGGCCGAGGCCAAGGACUUUAUCAAUUCUCAUGUCGCGACUCUAAUUCUCGCCUCAGCAGUGGCGCUAGCCACAGCUUCUGACGCACCCUGCAGCAACGAAGCCUGUACGUCACUUUGCAACGCGACGCCCUCUUGCAUGUCGACGCUCUUCGACCCGGCGUUGGGACAAUGCUAUACCUUCUCUUGCGUCCUCAACAACUACUCGCGACCGUCCAAAUAUCUCGGCUACCAGAAGCCCGGCCAGACAUACCCCUGCCCCGCCGAUCAGCCUAUACCUGGUGAGCCCCAAACGCCACCACCCGCUCCUCCCAUUACCGAGCCCACCGCGAACGAGCAACCGCCAGCACCAGAGCCCUCGACUCCUGCCCCAAAUCCUACUCCGAAUCCGGGAAGCGAAGCAUCUAGCUCCCUUGUUACUGUUCCCCGGCCCUCCUCAACUGAAGGCUCUGGUAGUAAUGGCGGAUCCUCGACGACGGAGGUGCAAAACACACCAACCGCGGGAGCCAGCGACGGAGGAUCGGAUGGCGACGAAUCUAACUCCGCGAAUUCGAAUGGGCCCGACAAUACAUCCAAUCCUGUUGCGCCAACCAUAAUACUUGGCGGCGCGGCUGCCAAAUCGAUGGCACCAGUGUCACUACUAGCUAUCGGACUGGUUAUGUUCCUACUUUAA